CCUCCGCCUCCGCCUCCUCCCGCUCCAGCUCCGCGGCCCGGCCGGCUCCCUCCCUCCCUCCCCUGCAGCCCGCCGCCUGCCCUCCCGCCGGCCACACCGGCUCCAGGGGGGCCAGAGGCUCUGCGGGGUGGGGGGAGGACAGGAGGGGAGGAGGAGGGAGGGGGACCCCCGAGUCGCCCCCUCUCCUCCCCCCGCCCCCCGGCUCCAUCCUCCGCCGCCGCCCGAGCAGCUGCGGGGCCGCCGCCGCCGCCUUUGCAGGCUGAGUCAUCACUAGAGAGUGGGAAGGGCAGCAGCAGCAGAGAAUCCAAACCCCAAAGCUGGUAUCACAAAGUACCUUUUCUCCAAGUUGGGGGCUCAGAGGGGCGCCAUCAUGAGCGAUGUUACCAUUGUGAAAGAAGGUUGGGUUCAGAAGAGGGCUCCCAAGAGGCUCAGCAUUGGGAGGCACCAGAUACUAAGGAAAGUUGAGGUCAGAAGUGGAGCUGAAAACGGAGAUUGGUCAGAAAAUAGUAGCAGGAGUAUUUUGUGUGGUGAAAAGUUGCUGUACUACUCUCAUGACACUGUUCUCCAAAGCCUGGAUCAAAGGGCAGCACAGGAGACUAUGGGAGAAUAUAUAAAAAACUGGAGGCCAAGAUAUUUCCUUUUGAAGACAGAUGGCUCAUUCAUAGGAUAUAAAGAGAAACCCCAAGAUGUGGAUUUACCUUAUCCCCUCAACAACUUUUCAGUAGCAAAAUGCCAGUUAAUGAAAACAGAACGACCAAAGCCAAACACAUUUAUUAUCAGAUGUCUCCAGUGGACCACUGUUAUAGAGAGAACAUUUCAUGUAGACACUCCAGAGGAAAGGAUAAAAGAAAACUACAUGGUCAUUUCAACAGGUGCAGAAGAAGCAUUUGAAAAAAUUCAACACUCUUUCAUAACAAAAACACUCAGCUGGCUAGGAAUGGAAAGGAACUUACUCAACUUGAUUAAGGUUAUCUACAAACUACAGGUUAAUAAUACUCAAAGGGAAGAAUGGACAGAAGCUAUCCAGGCUGUAGCAGACAGACUCCAGAGGCAAGAAGAGGAGAGAAUGAAUUGUAGUCCAACUUCACAAAUUGAUAAUAUAGGAGAGGAAGAGAUGGAUGCUUCUACAACUCAUCAUAAAAGAAAGACAAUGAAUGAUUUUGACUAUUUGAAACUACUAGGUAAAGGCACUUUUGGGAAAGUUAUUUUGGUUCGAGAGAAAGCAAGUGGAAAAUACUAUGCUAUGAAGAUUCUGAAGAAAGAAGUUAUUAUUGCCAAGGAUGAAGUGGCACACACUUUAACUGAAAGCAGAGUAUUAAAGAACACUAGACAUCCCUUUUUAACAUCCUUGAAAUAUUCCUUCCAGACAAAAGACCGUUUGUGUUUUGUGAUGGAAUAUGUUAAUGGGGGAGAGCUGUUUUUCCAUUUGUCGAGAGAGAGGGUGUUCUCUGAGGACCGCACACGUUUCUAUGGUGCAGAAAUUGUCUCUGCCUUGGACUAUCUACAUUCCGGAAAGAUUGUGUACCGUGAUCUCAAGUUGGAGAAUUUGAUGCUGGAUAAAGAUGGCCACAUAAAAAUUACAGAUUUUGGACUUUGCAAAGAAGGGAUCACAGAUGCAGCCACCAUGAAGACGUUCUGUGGUACACCAGAAUAUCUGGCACCAGAGGUGUUAGAAGAUAAUGACUAUGGCCGAGCCGUGGAUUGGUGGGGCCUUGGGGUUGUCAUGUAUGAAAUGAUGUGCGGGAGGUUACCUUUCUACAACCAGGAUCAUGAGAAACUUUUUGAACUAAUUCUAAUGGAAGACAUUAAAUUUCCUCGAACACUCUCUUCAGAUGCAAAAUCAUUGCUUUCAGGGCUCUUGAUAAAGGAUCCAAAUAAACGCCUUGGUGGAGGACCAGAUGAUGCAAAAGAAAUUAUGAGACACAGUUUCUUUUCUGGAGUAAACUGGCAAGAUGUGUAUGAUAAAAAGCUUGUACCUCCUUUUAAGCCUCAAGUAACAUCUGAGACAGACACCAGAUACUUUGAUGAAGAAUUUACAGCUCAGACUAUUACAAUAACACCACCUGAAAAGUAUGAUGAGGACGGUAUGGACUGCACGGACAGUGAGAGGCGGCCGCAUUUCCCUCAGUUUUCCUACUCUGCAAGCGGACGAGAAUAAGUCUCUUCUGCUACUUCACUGUCAUCUUAGAUUUAUUACUGAAAAUGAUUCCUGGACAUCACAGCAGUCCUAGCUCUUACAAAUGCAGGAGCACCUUCAGACAUCCCAGACCAGUCCAAGGUCUUCACCCCUCGCCGCCUUUCACCCACAUGAGAACACACAUAUAUGCAGACAUACUCGACUUUUGUUUUUGCAUGAAAUUGUAUCUCAGUCUAAGGUCUCAUGCUGUUGCUGCUACUGUCUUACUAUUAUAGCAACUUUAAGAGGUAAUUUUACAAUCUUUGGAAGUCAUGAGCCCACCAUUGUUCAUUUGUGCACCAACUGUCAUCUUUUGAUCUUUUAAUUUUUGUUUUUCCCUAACAGUGAAGGCUAAAUGAUUCUAGGUAUAUUUUUUAACUUUCUAGAUGAUAAAUCAAAAACUAAUUAGACUAAGAAGAUUUAGUUUAUAAUUCAGAACAAGCAAUUGUGGAAGCGUGGUGAUGUGCAUAUGCAAAAUUUUAGUAAAGCAUAUCAGAUCAGUGCGUAAAAUAGGUAGGUAUCAGUAAGAUCCUACUGGAAUUCAUUAGGAAGCAUUUGAGAGAAGGAAUGAACAACUAUUAAGAUAGAUAUAUACAUUUAUAAAUUUAAAUUCGUAUUCGAUACUGCAGAGGAAGCCUGAUAUUACAUGUGGAUGUCCAGAUUUCACAGGCAGUUGUUGGCAAAGGAACAUUGUUCGACCAAGGAAGGAAGCAUAUGCACAGCAGAGUAGGUCACUUAAAGGGUCUAUGAUAUGAUUUGCACCAGAGAGCGUUUUAUUUCCCCUGUUCUUGGAAACCUUUUUCCCUUCUUGAUAUUAUCACCUCUGAUGGCUGAAGAAUGUAGACAGGUGUAAUGAUCCUGCUUUUCACCAAAAUUUGUACACCAAGGUAAACAGGUGUUUGCCUUAUUUGUUUUAAUUUUUUACUUUCAGUUCUACGUGAAUUAGCUUUUUCUCGGAUGUUAAAACUUUGAAUGUCCUUUUAUGAUUUUGUUUAUGUUGCAGUAGUAUUUAUUUUUUAGUGAUGAGAAUUGUAUGUCAUGUUAGCAAAUGCAGCUCCAACUUAACAUAAAACAGACUUAACUGCAGUUUCUUUUGACCCAUGUGCAAGGAAUGUACACGCCGAUGAGAAUCAUGCACUUUUUCUCCUGUGUAAAAACAAAAUUUUGAUGAGGCUCUGAAAUUGUACAUAUAGAUUAGAAUUUGGCUUUGGGAGAAGAGAUGCUGUCAUUUAACCCCUUGGUGCUAAAAAUGAGAAAUCCCCAACUAUCCAUGCCAAGGGGUUGAAACAAAUGGGUGUUAUAUUUGCUCUUUUGAGAAUUGAAAUAUUAUGACAGCCUGGCAACAUAAUGUAAUGAAGAAAAUUGAGACCUGGAUGAUAAGAAAUGAACUUUACUCGGCAAAAUGAACACAUCUCAAGUAUUUACGAAGUGGGCAGUAAAGGAUAAGGACCUGGUGUGUUUAUUCUGAUCAUGGUACAUUUAUCACUGAAUUAAGCCAUCAGGGAAAAAACAAAACAAAAAAGAACACCUCCAACUUUUCUUUUUCUGUAUAUACUCAUGUCCUCAAAUUCCGACACUUCUCACUGAAAGGGGACAUGUAUGCAAACCUCAUCUUUCUCUUUCAUUAAUGAUGAUCUUCAGAUUAAACCCUUUGGUGCUAGGAGCUGACAUUUUCCAAAGCAGCCUAUGAAGUCCAGGGGGCUCCUGACUCCGUGGAGCCAUCGUGGAGAUGUAUUUUAGUUAAACUAUCUGACAGCUCCCAAAUGGAAGACUGCAGCAUGACGUAGUGUUAUGAUUGCAUUGUAUGAAAGAGCAAGUGACUUUCUAAGUAGGAUGAAUCAUAUUCAUAUGCAGAUGUCUUAGCCUCUUGACGCUGGAAGUGUGGGUUUACAGAUAUGAAACCACUGCUGGCAGUGGGUGGACCACUGGGACUGACAGGGGGUUAAAGGGCAUUUUACUAAGGCAGCUAAGACAUAUUCAGACAUAGAUUUUAUCCUAAUUUUUCAUAUUUCUACCUGAGUGAAGUUCAUCCUUAGUACUGAGUAGGAAGUUACAGUAAAAUGGUAGUUCAUUCUUACUUACACAUAUAGCUCAACUUUUUUUUUUCACUUGGAAUUAUGUUGAAUGUUUCACUUUGACAAGAAAGUAGACUAGAAGGUAUGUCCUGUAAGUUGUCUUGCAUCCAUUAUAUAAAAAAGGAACAGGUGAGAGGAAGAGAAGAAAGCUGAGACUGGCUGGUGUUCAGAGCAUUCAUUUCUUUAGAGGGAAAGUACACCAUACACUAAGCACACAGAUAGUUUUGGGGUUUCCCCCCCCAAAUCUUAAGGUAAUUUCCAUGACCUUGGCCAAGGACACUUCCUAAGGAUUAAUGACAGCGUUGACUGUGCCUCAGGCUGGCCACUCUGCACAGCUGGCUCUCUGUCCCCAGCUGGUGCCCGGGGCUUAGUCCCGUAUCCCCUCCGAGAUUCUGUUAGCGUCACACAGGGUGUGUUGUUGGCUUUGAUUUUUAAGAAUCCCUUACUUUCACUCCCUGAUCUCAGUCAGCUGGCAUGGAAAAACAAUAGAAAAACAGAAAUGUGUGUAGAAGGAGAUUCUAAAACUUCCCUCAUGUCUGCCCAUAGCUGAAGUUUCAGAUUCUGGUGGACGGAAAGGCCUGGCCCUGGAGUCACUCUGUCAGAAUAGCAGAAGUUCAGGCUUUGCAGACUCCUUCCUGUACCAACUUCCUUGAAGUCUGCCUCUUGCCAUGAUGCAGCCAUCUUGGAGGAAAUUGGCCGUCUCUGCUUGGACCUUUGGCAGGGCUGCUCACAGCUUUGCUUUCCACACUAACUACAUAGCAUUAUUCCAGUGUUUUCCAUUUCCCAUACCUGAUUUCCAGCUUCUUAAAGCUGACUGUUCUUGCAAGGGCCACUUGCUUCUCUUAGAGUACAAAGUAAGGGCCUUCCUUACUAACUGCAGGGUCUUUCUAUUACACCUCAGCGUACACACUUUGCUGCUACUGUUUGUACUGUGUCUACAGUAGAACUCCCUUAUCUUGCUCCUGGUACUGCAUUACAGGCAAGCAUGAAAUGUAAAGUAUUUAUUUAAAUAAGAAGAAAACCUCUAAAUUGGUAAUUGAAUUACCUCCCUGUAGCUUUAUAGUUUGUGACAUUUCUUGACCUUGCUAGUUCUUUCAUUAGAUCCGCGCAAGAUCUAGUCAUCUGGUUAAGGAUUUCAAGCAGACGCAACUAUGAACCCAAGAAACUGUAUUACUAUUACUGUUGGUCAUACUAAAACUGUUUAUUUCCUUAAGUAUAUGACCCACAAGGAUGUGAAAUAACUACAAGAAACUGUUUUUGUACACUGUACAUCCUUAGUAUUUUUACACGUAUAUGAUAGGGAUGCACAUUAUUUUCCUUCGUACAGACAGCUUAAAUAAAGCACUAUGUCAAUCUGCUACUUCUCUGUUUAUUGUUGUUGGAUGUGGUUCCGUAAUCUCAGAAAAUUAAAUAUUAUUCUUUUCUAAAAAAAGAUGAAUAGCGUCACCUGGUAUUAACCCAUUCUAUAUAAAGUGUGACAGGAAAGUAUGUACAUUUCUUGUAGCUCAAAACACACACAGGAUUUAUUUUAUUCAAUAAAAUGGCAGUAAUGCAACUGUACAAACUUUGAUGAAGGGCUGCUUCCAAAGGGGGGAUGCUGACUUCCCAACAAUGGGCUUAGGAGAGAUCUGUGAAGCUGGAGAUAGAAUAGGUAUUUUUUGAGAUUUGUUAAGCCCCUAGUAGUCCUCCCACCAGGCGGUUUGGACCCAGAAUUCUUAAGGAAUGUAGCUCGUCAGUAAUGUCUUCCUGAUAAUGUGUUGCGCUGCAUACUUCCUUUCUUAGAGUAUAUUUUUAAAACGUCGUGGCAAAUUAACCAACUGAAACGUGGGUCAUAGAUGGGUAGGAUGGUUGGACUACAGUCUGAUUUACCUAGGGUCAUUUUUCUGAUUUUACCUCAUAAACCUAAAUGCUAUUGGAGAAGCUUGGCUUUGCUCUGUGACUAAGCCAGAUAGAGGAACGGCUUUGGGACCAAAGUUGGUCAAGCAUGUUAUGUGUAUGUCACACAGCCAAACUGGAGGGCAUUCUUACAUGUGCUCUUCUCUCAAAACCACUGGGGUGGACAGAUCCAGGAGGCUAACAUAAAGUGACCUCUAUAAUUCUUUAAAGGUGCUAUUUUUAGAAUAUUGUGUAAUUUAUUUCCUGUUCCUGAAACAGAAUUAGGGACAAUUAAUAUAUCUUAUGUGACAACCUUUAUGUCUAGCACACUUGAUGAAAUCAAAAAAACUUCUGAAUCUGAAUAGAAGUUCUAUUCUUUCAGGCUUGAACCUUGUCCAUGCUCGAGAGACUCAAUGGUCUUAGCGGGUGUAUCAUCCCACCGCCUCCAGAGCCCUAAUCCACAUCCUUCUGAGAGGCCAUGAAGAGGAUGUGAUGUGAUGUGAUGAUGAUGACAGAUCCGUGCCAGGGAGAACAGCCUGAGGUCAGGGACUUGUCCCGACUGCAGCCUUGCCCUUAGUGUUCCAUUGUCAUCCUCAAGGACAACACAACACUUUCAGCGCCCAUUUUUAUUACUUUAAAGCACUUGAGGGCUUCAUUGUGAAUAGUAGAAAUACUAUGUUAAACUAAAAUGAUGAUCUGUGUACAGAUGUUUGAUAGAAGUAAAUUUUGUAAUUUCACUGAGUACAUUUUUAGCCUCCUCUCAAUUACUGCAUAUUGAAGAAGAAACAUGACACCACCAAGCCAAAGAUGCUUUUUGUCUGUUUUUGUUGUUAACAGAGUGGAGAGGAUAAUGCCUAGUGCUUCCUGGUGUCUUCUGACUGUGCACAAAUUAGCAGGAUGAUAAAUAAUGGAGUCUUAUGGGAUGUUGAUUAAAAGCAAAUAAAGUUGAAGGAUAAUAUAUAUAGAUCUCUCCAAGAGGGAAAGAAACAUGAAUGGCAGGAAAAAAGGUUUGGUCCUUAAUACCCUUUAGCCUAGUUAAAAUAUGUGCCUUUUUUUGGUGUGUUUUUUUUUCAUCACUACAAGAUAAAAAGGAAACAUUUCAAGUCUUCAAAAAAUUCAUUUAUUGAAAUUCACAUGUGUAACAAAGCAUACAAAUGAGCAGAUAUAAAAACAUAAUAACUUCGAGCCUUUUCUGAAAACAUACACCAGGAGGUCUCCUCGUCUAGUGUCAGACUUCAGCUCCAGCCCAUCCAUCCUGCAGGGACCGCUUGGCAACGAAUGUGGCGGUGAUGACGCAGCCCGCCGCAGUCUAAGGUGGGGUCCACUGGGAAGGUCGCGGUGCAUUGUGGCAUAUUACGUAUAAAUCAGAUGAAUGUAAAUAUCUCUUUGUAAAUCAUUUAUUUCACUGUUUCAUCCAGGUCAGCAAUCAGAUUGUGGCAUGCUGGGUAACUGGAAAAAAUGAUAAUAAAAAGUAAGUUUAAAUAGA